AUGGCCGCUCCGAAACAAAUCAAGAGAAAAAGAGAACUCGACGACGAGGAAGAAGAUGAAUUUACAAAGAGAUUUUUGAAAGCUGAUGAAUUAACUCGUAUGGGAAAACUCAAAAAAAAAGUUCUAAAAUUUGAAGAAUUGGAUGAUGAGGCUUCUCGAGAAUCUGAACUGACAAAAUCAGGAAGGGUUUACGUACGUAAAAAAUCUACAAAGCUGAGAGAAAUGGAAGAAUUUGAAGAAAUCGAAAAGAAGCAGACCAGUACAAAGAAAACGCCAAUAGACCCCACAAAGAAACCCAAAACCCAAUUGCUCAACAUUCCGGGUCACAUGCCAGUCAGCCCCAAAAAACUUAAACCGUCUAAAUCAAGUGAUGAAUCCCAGUCCCCAGUAAUGCCACAGAAAACUGAAGAUAUCCCCUCCAAAGGCAGUGUCAUAAAAUUUCUUCUUAGCUCACCAACGCAGCCAUCAACGCCUGUCUUGGCCACACAUUCAGUUUUGAAGACCAAACCUGAGUCUCUACUCACUGAGAAAAGCUCACCUCUUAAAAAAAGCCCCAAGCCAGCAAAAUCUAAAACAGACAUGACACUUUUACAGACAUUGACCAGCUCAUUAACAAGCUUACAGUCGCCGGCUAAAAAGCAAGGUGACACAGAAUUAAAAUACAGGCUGAUUGUUGGAUCAAACCAGUCUGUAGCAUCAUCUGGAAAAUCUGCAUUAUCUGUUGACACGACGACAAAAAUUCAAUCAGAGGUUGUGUCUGAUGCCAGCACCAAGGAUGGUAGCCUGAAAAUGAAGUUUAUUCUGUCACCAAAGGAGAAACCUUUAGGGCAGUCUUUAAGUAGUUCGACCAAUGACAAAGCACAAAAUGAUGUCCCUACAAUUCCCCAAACGAUUGCAGAGACCAAAUCACCUCCCAGCAGCAAAAUGUCCAUAUCCAACCUUCCUUCUGUUCUCCCCGUCCCUGUCCCCAAAGCCAUGCCAAUUCACAAGACCAUCCCCACCCCCAAACCAGUAUCAGCUUCUAAAAUGGUUUCAUCCAUUAAGACAAUUCCAAGUGCGGAGGCCAUUUCUAUUCCAAAAACAAUACCAGGCACAAAAGAAGAACCAGAUACAAAAGAACUACCAAAAGUGAUUCCGAUCACAAAUGUCAUCCCUGGUGUUAAAACCAUCACUAUUCCCAAAAACCUGCCAGUUGUGAAGCCUGUUCCAGCAAUUAAGGUUGUCCCUGUGGCCAAACCCUCACCUCCAGCCACAAAAAUUGUCACUGUGAAGAAACCAGUCAGUAGCAAAAAUACAAGCCAAAAUAAGUCUCCAUCAACAUCGAAAUCUAAAAGUUCUACUCCAAAGGCAACACCAAAGACAACACCUGAUUCUGAGGAGAAAAAAGUUAAAAAAGCCAAGAAGAAGAAAGGGAAUUCUGAGAAUUCAAUUGGUUCUCCUUCAACUCCUGUGAUUCACAAAACGAUUCCAGCCAUUCCUGGACAAAGUGGUUCCACAGUGAGCUUGCCAACAGGCCGUAAAACAUCACCGACCAAUGUUACUUAUUUCUCUGCUGCUAAAGCAGAGACUACGACCGACCUGAGCAAGUUUGAUUUUACAGAUGAGCCCAAUCUAGUGAUUGCAGAGCCAAGUUCCAAGACAGCCACAAAGACGAAAAAAUCUCCUUCCAGCCGACCCCCAAGCAAAAAGAAAGCAAAAAUAGAUGGGGAUCAGAUUAAAACCAAACCAGAAGAUAUUAAAGAAGUCCCUGAAGUAGAAAUGGAAUUUUUUGAUGAUGAAACUGGUGUUAUGGAAGAAGUAGUGACUACCUUACCUUCAACCCCGAAAACGAAAUCUCCAGAGAAAAAAUCCAAAAAAUCCAAAAAGGCUGCCAAAGAUGAUCCUGAUAAGCCUGCCAAGAAGCGUCGGGCUCCUACUGCUUAUAUGUUGUGGUGCAAUGCCAACAGAUCCAAAGUGGUUUCCGAAAAUCCCAAACUAGAUUUUGCUCAGAUCAGUCGUAGAUUAGGAGAAAUCUGGCAGGGUUUGACAGAAAAAGAGAAAAUGACAUGGAAGCAGAAGGCUAAGAAAGCAGCCGGCAAAGGCUCCACCCUGAUUCGUACUGGCAAAGGAAGCAGUAAAUCUGUAUCAAAUGCAGCUCCAGCCCCAGCUACGAGCACCGCCCCCGUUGCAGUGGCCAAAAGUCCCAGCACCCCAGCCAGCAAAGUAAUAAAAUCUCUAAUUGAGGAUAUGGCUACGAGUCCUGUCAAAGGACUUGGAAUUGAACCUGUGGAUGCUGCUGCUCACCUCAAGCUCUUGGGCGAGUCCCUCAGUAUUAUUGGCAUGAGGUUACAGGAGCACAAGGGUAUGAUAGCUGUUCAGGGUAGCUUGUCUAGAUUAAAAAAGCUUCUUUUUUUCUUCAUUUUUCUUCUUUUUUUCUUCAUUUUUCUUCUUUUUUUCUAUUUUUCUUUUUUUCUAUUUUUCUUCUUUUUUUCUAAUUUUUUUUUUUCUAUUUUUUCUUCUUUUUUGGUAUUUUCUUUUUUCCAUCUUUUAUCUUUUUUUCCUUUUUUUUUCUUUUGUCUUUUUUUUUUUCUUUUUUUCUUUUGUCCCUUUUUUUUCUCUUUUCCUUUUCUUUUUCUUUUUUUCCUUUCCGUUUCCUUUUUUCUUUUUAUUCUAUUUUUCUUUUUCCUUUUUAUUUACCUUUUUUCUUUUCUGUUCCCUUUUUUCUUUUUCCUUUUUUUCUUUUUUGAGUCUGAGUUUAUUUAUGUUUUAAAAAAAAUACUCUUACCACCACUAUCAUAUCAUUCCUUCUGA